GGCCUCUGAGAAACUUGUCGGAGAAACCUCUGGAGAGUCCAGAGGAAAAGAAGAGAUCACGCCGGAACCGAGCGGCGCCGCCGAUCUCCCACCAAAUCCCAUGACCGGUGGCAGCGGCGGGCGACGGGACCGCGAGCCUGACCCAGACGCCUCGGCGGCGCUGCCCGUCCCGUGGCCCUGCGCCUCGACGCAGCGGGCGCUCGCCGAGUGCCACCGCCGCGCCGCCCGGGGGCCGCUGCAGCCGGAGGUGCUGUGCCGGCACCUGAACCGGGCGCUGGCGGAGUGCGUUGUGACCGCGUGCUGCCCCGACGAGACCGAGGCCGUUCGCACCCUCUGCGGCAGCGCCGGCACCGCGCUCAAGCGCACGCAGUGCCAGCGGGCGCGCAUCGACCUCUCCCUCUGCCUCGAGGCACAUCAAGAGCCCUGAUCUCUCUGAGCAAUCUCAUCCGGCACAGGCGUACAGCUAUUUUAUUUGAUGAUCAAACCAUGUCGUUCUAUGUGUAAUUCACUUAUUUUGUAGGAUGUAAUUUUGUUGUGGAACAUUGGAAGCCCAACCAAUUCUGCACAAAACUGUACAUUAGAGAUGCAACAUUAUAGAUGCAGCAGGAGUGAACUAAUAAAACAUGUGUUUUGGUA